AUGUAUUUCCCAAUUGGAUGGCCAAAGGCAGUUAAUUUGGCCUUGCCUGGCGAAAGUAACAAUAUUAAACAUAUCUGUUUCGAUGCUGUAAAAAUUCUCUUAGCGGCUGUAGGAACAGACUUUCUAGGAGUUUGGUAUGCAAAUCCUCUAAUACCUAUAGUAUUCUAUCAAAGAAGUGUCGAAUCUGUGGUGAGCUAUGGUGAGAACAAAUUCGUGAUAUGGAAACCAGAUUCGAGACAAUUAGUAGUACUUACCACGGGAGGUGUUUUAAUACUGUAUCAAGUUGAUUUUGAUGCUAGUGGCAAUGGUAUAUUCCAACAAGUUGAUCCACCAAUGCACAGCUUAAAGCGUGAUUCAGCUGAGUUGUUUAUUAAGGAAAAUAUACCAAAAUUAAGCCUGAAAGAAGUAUGUCUUAUACAACUUAGUUCGACAGUGACAACAGUUUGUUGCAUCAGUUUAACAGAGCUAUUAGUGGCCACAGAAAAAUGUGAAUUAAUGCGCAUACAAUGGUCCGAAUUAGAAUCAGAUGAAUUUGGAGAUUCCGAAUCAAUCGCGGGAGCAAUAAAUCUACGACAAAUUCAGUUUUAUGUAAAUCAACAAUGCAAUUUGAAAACUAUUCCACCAGUGAGACAAGAUUCUUAUGUUGCAUCUUUAGAAUACUCACCAUUUAUAGGUGGAUGUGCAGCUGUGUUUAGCGAUAGAAGAGCAGCAUUUUUAAUAGCGAACCAUUUAAGAUUUGAAGCAGAAAAUAUGCAUGGAUUCUGGAUACCAGAAGUGGAAGAUGCGACAGUAUGUAGUGUUAAUCACAAAUUUCGUCUACUUGCUUAUGGCCGCAAUAAUUCAGAUGUAUCUGUUUAUGCAAUUGAGGAUACAACUGGGGGUCUGGAAUUUUCUCAUCGCUUAUCACUAAAUGCUACUGUAAUGCCCGGAACGUUGGGAGCCGUAAAUGAACUUAAAUGGUCCCCCGAUGGUUGUGUUUUAGUUGUCUCAUGGGAAAACGGAGGGUUAGCAUUAUGGAGUACUUUUGGUGCAUUAUUAAUGUCAUCGUUUUCAUGGGAUUUUGGUAUACACGUUGAUCUGAUACACGAUAAUCCUUUAUGUGUUAGCAAAAUGGAAUGGUCUACGGAAGGUUAUCAAUUGUUUCUAACCUGUAAACAUAAAAAAUUAGAGGACAAAAGUACGGAUGAGCCUUUUAGCAAUGUUUGCCAAUUAAGUUUUGUAAAGAGUGCACUCACAAUGAAUCCAUGCAUGACCUCCCAUCCACAUAUAUUACUUCAAGCCGACGAUACUUUAUAUUUAAAUCAAGGCGAUAAUUUAGAAAAAAUUUAUUUCGGUGGAAAAUUUGUUUUUCCAAAUAACAAAUCUGAAUGUAAUGUGGAAACUGGAGAUAUAAAUCAAGUUGAUGACGAGUGUGUAGAAAUAAAAAAUAGUGUUGAUAUAUCAAGCAUAUUAUCUGAAAGCAAAUAUUGGACAGUUCUGCAAUUGCCUCAAACAUAUGCUGCUACGAAUUGGCCAAUUCGUUAUUCGGCUAUAGACUCCGAAGGACUUCACUUAGCAGUUGCUGGAAGAACUGGGCUGGCCCAUUAUUCGAUGGUCACAAAAAAAUGGAAACUAUUUGGUAAUGAGUCACAAGAAAAAGAUUUUGUGGUAUCAGGAGGUUUACUGUGGUGGAAGGGGUUCAUAGUUUGCGGUUGCUAUUCAUUAUUAGAUCGUACUGAUGAAAUACGAUGUUAUCCAGAAGAGUGUAAGUUAGACAACCAAUUCGGAAAUCGUAUUCAAGUGAGAGCUCCAGUUAUAUCUCUAAAUAUGUUUCGAGAUCAGUUAAUUGCACUCACAGCAGAUGGUAUUGUAACUUUAUUUGCAAUGCGCAAAUGCGAUGCUUAUACAUUAAAGGCUGAUUGUGUUUAUGAGGUCGAUGUCAAAAGCAUUUGCAUACAUCCCGCCUGUAUAGUUUCGCUGACAGUGACUAAUUUACGUAAUGAUUUAACCACUAAAGUACUUGUUUCCGCAGGCAACAAUGAAUCUGCUGAGACUAUUAUUGUUAACGUAUGCGGACGAAUUCUUAUGAUUCAAAGAGACAACAGUAAUAAUGUGGUAAACUCUUUAAUGGCAUCAUGUUUGGCUUCAUGUGUGGAAUGUUUUUGGUUAUCAAAUACUGCGCAGGAAUCUAGCCCAAUGAAAGAUUGUCUGUGGCUAUUUUCAGGUGUACAUGGAAUGAGAGUUUGGUUGCCAAUACUACCGCCAUCUAAUGAACAAAAACGGGAAGCUUCCCAUCGAUUGCACACAUUUAUGUCGAAGCGUAUUAUGCUAUCGUUUCCCUUGAAACUAUAUCCGUUAGUUAUUCUCUUCGAUAAUGUUAUUGUUUUGGGUGUAGAGAACGAGACAACUUUGUAUACGAAUGAAGCGAAUUCCCAUUUUUCAUUGCCGUUUUCUCAAUUAGAACGAAAGUCGCAAGUUUAUUUGCACAAGAUUCUUAGGCAAUUGAUUAAACGUAAUUUGGGAUACAGCGCUUGGGAAAUAGCUCAGUCUUGCCGUCGUCUGCCAUAUUUUCCCCACUCGCUUGAGUUACUACUUCAUGAGGUUUUGGAGGAAGAGGCUACUAGUAAGGAACCAAUACCGGACGCUUUGCUUCCAAGCAUAUUGGACUUUAUUAGAGAGUUUCCAGUUUAUCUCCAAACUAUUGUACAAUGUGCACGUAAAACGGAAAUCGCUCUUUGGCCUUAUCUUUUCUCCAUGGCGGGUAAACCCAAAGAUUUGUUCCAACAGUGCUUAGAAUCCGAAGAACUCGUGACAGCUGCAAGCUAUUUAAUUAUCCUUCAAAAUCUUGAACCGUCAAUAAUUAGUAAACAAUACGCUACACUUUUGCUGGAAAUCGCUCUGCAACAUCGCAACUGGGAACUUGCAAAAGAUCUUAUACGUUUCUUGAAGGCAAUUGAUCCAAACGAAAUCGAUUCACCGCGCUCGUCAAUGGUCGUGAAUGUGAAAAUUGCACCUCCAUCUCAAUCGCAAUCACAGGUUAACCAGAACCCUGACGCAUUCAACUUAGUACUAGGACCCAUAGCUAGGGAACGUAGUUUUUCAACAACUGUGUUGGCUAACAAUACCUCAAAGGAGAAAAAGGAAAAGAUCACAGCAAAUUCGAGCUCAAACAAUGAAAGCUCCACAGCAAACAACACAAGUGGACCAGUGGUUGUAGUACGCCGAAAAUCGGAGCGCAGCAAUUCUACAAAGAAUGAACGACGUGAAACAUUUUGUAUAGAAACAAUUUUACAUCGACAUGCACGAAAACUUUUACAAAAUUGUAAAUUAAUUGAUUUGGGUUACAUGAGCGCUUUUUUGGAUUUUCAUUUGGUAUCUUGGCUAUCGCAGGAGGCUGAUAAAACCGGACGUUUAGAAGAUUACGUUGCAGCUUUAACACUUUUGCACGAAGAACUAAAAUUGCCAACGCCCGCUACACUCUAUACUCCCUCUGAAGAAUCUGAUCACGAUUACAAUCAAAUGCAGAAAAGAUUUCAAAUGGAAAAACAAUUUAACUUACCCCAUGCAUCCAGCCAAACAUCAGAAUCUGGAUAUUUCAGUUUGGCAUUAAUGGACACUCCUACAAGUACCCAAAAUGGUAACAUAACUAUGCAUACAAACAUUCCAUCUAUCAAAGAGAACGAGGAACUACAGUAUUCGUCUUUGUUGCAAACUGCGCCACAUCCAUCUCAAACGGCUGCUGGUGAUUACAAUAAAUCUCGUUCAAAUUCACAAACAUCUCUCGACCAAUCCACCGUAUACAGGCGAUUUUAUUCGCUUAACGAUGAUAUGUCAUCAUCGUCACUAGCACUUGGGUUAAACUGUGUCGAAGUUCAUCACAAAAUUUUACCCGAAAAGUUGGCAAUUAAAAUGCGUUAUCUUCUUCAGUUGUUUAUUGAGGCAAAUUGUAUUGAUUUUGCAUUAGUUCUUUCAAUUCUCCUUCAGGACGCUGCCUCAAUUGGCCGUAUUAUCAAUGUAGUCAUUCGUUCAGAGUCUGUGGCUGCAUGUGGUCGCAUUCAAACAUCUCUUAAACAUGUAGCCCAGUGGUCAUUCGAUGUUGAAUGUGUAUAUCGUUCAUUUAUGAUUUCUCUCCAACCUCACAUCUACCUCUUGGAUCAAUUUAUUCAAACAUCAUCUGCUACAUCGUCAGUGCUAUCAUCUACAACUGGUUUAGCAAACAAUACCCAAUCUAGUCUAAAUCAGACCCGAAAUUCGGAUAACACUGAUCUAAAUGAAUCUACUAAAAGUGGCGAACAUCAUCAGGUGGACUCCCUUAACAAUAUGUUGCAAAGUCACAUCACUCAUCAUCAUUCAACUGGUGGUAACAAUAUAAACAAUGGAAAUUGGGCAUACGACAAGUACACCGCUGAAGAUAAACGUAAUAUUUUGUCACGUCAAUUAAGCGCUGAAAGUGCAAAAAACCCUUCCACGUCAUUUACGCAGCAAUCUAUGCUAAAUGCUAGGCGCUCAUCCUUCCAGCAUCAAAAUUUAGAUCGUAACGAAUCUAGUGGUUGUAAUCUUAUGUAAUUUUGUAUUAAUUUGUUUGAUAUGUUUAUGUAUUAUUUCUUUGAUUUUCUUUGUAUUUUUUUCUCGUUUCUUUUAUUUACGUUCUGCAAUUUUUUCUCGUUAAAAAUGAGUUUUCAUUAAUUUUGUACAAUAAUUGUAAGCAAUAUUAGAAUGAUAUUUUAUAAUGUUUAUAUCUAAAAUCAAUUCUCUUCCUUUAAUAACAUAAAUACAAUAUAUAAAUCUUAUUCAUACACAUGUAAAAAUGCAAUAAUUUAUAGAGCGUUUAUUAUAAAAAUUAUUAAAUUAAUUUCUUUAGUUAAUCAUAAAUCUUAACUUUUAUUCAUACAACGAUUUUAAAUAUAUUAAGAAAAAAUAUGUAAUUAUCUUUUGUUAAUAAAUUAUACAAAAUAACAUACAUAC